UAAUUGCGGCCUCUGUCUUCAAGCCCACACACGAAAUCAAACCACACUCCCACGCACCCACUGGCCAGGGGUGGCGCCGUGCCAGCGACACGGGUCUCGUCCCUUUCCCCGCCGUCUCCGGCGUCGCAUACCCAGAUCUCGUCUCCACCGUCUGUCUAGUGACCGAGGCCAUCCUCAUCCCCAGCUGAUUCGGGAUGGGAAGCAGCACGAGCACCUUCGUCAUAAGGUGGAUUAACUUCCUCACCAUGGUACUUGCAAUACUUGUGGUGGGUUUUGGGUUUUGGAUGAGCACCCACAAUGACGAAUGCAGACGGUCGCUGACGAUCCCUGUCAUGGCCCUUGGAGGAGUAAUUUUUCUCAUGUCGCUUGUGGGAUUUGUUGGUGCUUGGAAGAACAUUGCUUGCUUGCUUUGGACAUAUCUAAUAAUGCUAUUCGUGGUCCUGGUGGCAAUCAUGGUGUUCACAGUGCUUGCGUUUAUCAUCACAAAUACCGGAACUGGUCAUGCUGUUCCAGGGGCCAGAUACAAAGAGUACCGUCUGCAGGAUUAUAGCUCUUGGUUUAUCAAACAGCUCAAUGACACUGAAAAGUGGACUAGUCUGAGAAGUUGCCUUGUGAAGUCGGAUGAUUGCAAUAGCUUAUCAAAAAGAUACAAGACUCUUAAGCAAUACAGGCUUGCUGAUCUGACUCCCAUUGAAUCCGGUUGUUGCCGCCCACCGGCAGAGUGUGGAUAUCCGGCUUUGAAUGCUUCCAAUUUUGAUUUGAGCUAUCAUCCUGUGAGCACGAAUGUCGACUGCAAACUGUACAAAAAUGAUCGAUCUAUCAAGUGCUAUGACUGCAAUUCUUGCAAAGCCGGCGUUGCACAAUACAUGAAGAAAGAGUGGCAAGUGGUUGCCAUCUUCAAUGUGAUUUUAUUUGUUAUUUUGUCAUUCGUGUACUUUGUUGGGUGCUGCGCACGGCGACACGCUGGAGGCAGCGAUUCUAAAGUUCCUUUCUGAGAUGAAUUCCUUCUGUAAUCCAGUGUCACAGCAAGAGUUAGCUUUGCCAUCACUUGUAAUAACAUUGUUCAAUCAAGUUCAGUUGAUGAAAUGCAAGUCAAGCCUUUUUGUUC